UUUACUGUAUGGUGCAGCCACUUGGAAUAGUCAUAAAAACUAUAAAAUAUUCUCAGAUAGCAUAAUACUCUGUGACCGUGAUUAACAAGUCGCCGGGUUAGUGCCUCCUUUCACAGUUAUCACCCAGAGAACUUUUUGAAGGACAUAGACUCAAAGGAGAAGGUGGAGAAACAGCAGGGGAUGUUAGAGCCAAUAUUACAAUUGCAGCAGAAGUCAACCUGGCAGACCUUGUUUUUAAAUUCUGACCAACCUGCUGAUUGAAGGAGUUUGAUCUGUGUGUGAUAAUGACUCUGGGUUAGAUGGUAAACAACCAUGUGAUUAAAGGUCUUGGCAGAAAGACAGAUGUUGGUCAGGUUUAAAUAGGGUUGGGACCGGCUUGGAGCCAACGGAGCAAAGGUAAAUAUGAAGGGAUGGAACCAGGUGAAACGGGAUUGAUGCACUGGACUGAAAAGGAGAUUAAUGUAUCACAGAGAGAUAAUGGUGCAUGUUCCUGGUGUAAACCAGCAAACCCAGUAUACAAUGGAUCGUAACUGGAGAAUGGAUGGAGCAUCUAGUGAAUGGAGGAUUGUCCUGGUGGGAAAAACUGGAUCUGGAAUCAGCACAGCGGGAAAUAUAAUACUGGGAAAGGAAGCGUUUGAGUGUAAAUCGUCUUCCAGUUCGAUUACAGAAAUGUGCGCCCAAGAAAGCGGCACCGUUCAUGGGAAAAGGGUCGUCGUCGUCGACACUCCAGGUGUCGAUCACACUGAGAAAUGCCAGGAAUAUGUUGAUUGUGAGCUAGGGUUGUGCCUAAGUAAGUGUGUCCCUGGUCCACAUGCCUUUGUUCUUGUCCUAAAACUCGAUGAUGAAUCGAUAGAGGAUCUAAACGCUGUGAAUAAGAUUAAGGAUUUGUUUGGGAAGAAUUUCCUGAAGUACACAAUCGUCCUCUUCACCUGCGGCUAUUUGCUUAGUGAAGACCAGACCAUUAAAGAGUAUAUAGAAAACACAAGUAACGCAUUUCUGAAGAAACUUGUUGAUCAGUGUGAAGGCCGAGUCCAUGUCAUCGACGAAGACUGGAGUGAAGAAGGAAAAGAGAAGGAAAGAAAUUCCAGCAAUCUGAAGAUUGUCAUUUUCGGGAAAGCGAAAUCUAACAACAGAUCUGUGAAAGAGCUUCUCGAAGAAAAUCUUGACGAAGGAAAGAUUAAUGGGAGAAAAGUGAAAAUGAUUGAGGCACCGGGCAUCUUUGAUCCUGACAAUAACGCUGAAGAUCUGAAGAAAGCCUUAAUGUCCUGUAUUCUUGAUUGUGCUCCUGGUGUGCAUGCCUUCAUCUUAGUGAUGAAAGUAGGCAAGUAUACUGAAGAGGCGAAAGAGCUUGUGAGUAUGAUAAAUAUGUGCUUUGGUGAGGAAACCCUGAAGUACACAGCUCUCCUGUACACCCACGGCCGACAACUUAAAGUACCCAUUGAAAGAUUUGCAGCGGACAACGAUGACCUGAAGGAAUGCGUUGAUAAAUGUGGAGGCGGAGUCCAUGUCAUUGACAGCCAGUGCUGGAAUGAAGAUGGGAAAAACAGCAUAAACGUGAAAAAUCUGCUACACAGCAUCGGAGAAAUCGUAAAGAGUAACGACGGGGGUUACUACACAACUCCAACCCUGACAGGAAUCGAAGAAAAAGUAAAGAAUAUCAUAAAGGGGAUGGAUCCAGGGGAGACGGACCUGGAAGAAAAAGCCAGAAAGGAGCUGAUUGGAAAGUGGGUCCUAGUCCUAACAGCCAUACCAGGCUACGUGAUGCUUUUAGCACUGCUGGGCUUCAAAGAAGGCUUGAUGAAAGCUAAUGUCGAGGAGGCCGUCUGGAAAGAGGCAGCACCAACCUCCCCGUCCUCCUCCAGCGAAGGGAGAGGAUCCGCCCCGCUGUGCCGCACCUUCCACAAGCGCCGGCGUCACAGCCCGACCCGUCCCGCCGCCGGUCCUACCGCCAACACGGAGCCCCCUCUUCCCUACACGUUUACCCCCCGCUCCUGCCUCACCCAUCCUUCACCGGCGGCCGCCCUAGUAUCGGCUUCGAAUCGGUAG